GCGUAAGACAUUGUAUUUACACAACCUCAAAGUGGCUCUCAAACCGUUUCCUUCACCACUUUAUGGAGGUUUUGUAACUUUGCCCAGACUGAAGCCUCUGAUCUGUCAUCGUUCUCUGAAUCCAAGUGAACGCAACAACAGGCCUAUCGAAAGUGGUCCUCGUGUGACCCAAUGAAAACCCGAAUAACCUCAGUUGUGGAAGCAACGUUCUGCCAAUUGGAUCGAAGCACCAGCCCAUAUCGGAUUUCAUAGCUUUCCCCUUUAAGCUUCCAGUCCUGCUGAAACAUAGCCCAUUGUCUUAAGUCCACCCAUCUGUGGGGGUGGUUCUGCGAAAGUUUGCAGAAAACUUUUAAAGCUGUCACUGGCUGCUGGUAGGAGACUGAUGGAGGACAGAAGGGACAGCUACCCGCAAGCAAACAUUAACACCGACAUACAAACAAGUCAAAAAGACUGAGAAUGCAACAACAACAACAACAGCCCGUGGAAGUAGACGAUGUUUAGGCCUAAAUUGGAAAAGUUUGUCGGGACUGUCACAGUUUGAGUGCAUGUUUGCAACAAAGCCAAAAGUGCAUCCAGCCCAGAUGGAAAUAAUUUGAAUUGAAUAUCGACUCGGUGUUAGAAAGGCAUUCAAUGUUUCUAAAAUAUAAGCUACCUUCCUGACAAAAUGACCCGUUUGCGCCGCGGGUUUCACGCCUUCGGACAAGGAGUCUCUUCCAUUCAUCUGUUCAUCGUUCUUCUGACGGUCCUGGAAAACUGCACAUCAUUGGGAUUAUCACAUGAACCAGAGCGAUCUCUGCAGGAUCUGCCUCAGUAUGAAGUGGUUCACCCCACUAGAGUGGAUGCCAGAGGUCACUUCCUGUCCAACUUCCUGUCUCACCAUGCUCGCCGUGUACAGCGCCGGGAAGCCUCAGAGGGACCAGCGGACGUAGAUCGAGUCUUCUACCAGUUGUUGCACGGCGGUCACAGCUUGCACUUUAACCUCACCCCCAACCCGUAUCUGCUGGCUCCGGGCUUCCUGACGGAGAGGAGGUAUGGUGGCCUGGAUGGGGCACAGAUCCAUCCACCUGGAUCCUCCCAGUGCCAUUUCUUAGGUGAAGUGUGGGACGAGGCCGUUGGCAAAGGAAGCGCAGCCAUAAGUACCUGUGAUGGACUGACAGGACUGUUCAAGUUGUCCGAUGAAGAGUUUUUUAUUCAGCCUCUGGAGAAGUCGAGCAGUGAGACCUCUGCACCACAAGCCCAUGCCAUCUACAAACGCCAUGCACCCCCUCCCUCCUGGAGUCCAGUCGUACAGCCCAAACAAGCUCUCAACAGAACCUGUGGAGUCAAAAAUUCCCAUCAAAGUUUGGAAGACAUAGAGAAACAGCGGGAGCGGUGGGAACACCGCCAGCAGAGAAGAAGGAGAAGAAUUCGUCAACGCUCCGUCAGCAAAGAGAAGUGGGUGGAAACACUGGUGGUGGCCGACACUAAAAUGGUGGAGCACCAUGGGAGCAAAGCUGUGGAAAGCUACGUCCUAGCUGUCAUGAACAUUGUGGCGGGUCUGUUCCGAGAUGCCAGUAUCGGAAACGCAAUAAACAUCGUGGUCGUUCGACUCAUCCUACUAGAGCAAGAAGAGGAUGACUUAAAGAUUACACACCAUGCUGACAACAGCUUGAACAGCUUCUGUAAGUGGCAAAAGAAACUUAAUAUGAAAGGAGAGGAAGACCCGCUGCACCAUGAUGUAGCAGUUCUGCUCACCAGGAAGGACAUCUGUGCAGCCAUCAACAUGCCGUGUGAGACGCUGGGUCUGUCUCACGUGGCGGGGAUGUGCCAGUCGCAUCGCAGUUGCAGCAUCAGUGAGGACACGGGCCUCCCAUUGGCCUUCACUGUAGCUCACGAGCUGGGACACAACUUUGGGAUUCAACAUGAUGGCAACGGUAAUGACUGUGAACCCAUUGGGAAACGACCUUUCGUCAUGUCUCCACAGCUCCUGUACGGCACCUCCCUGCCCAGGUGGUCACGCUGCAGUCGCCAAUAUAUCACCCGCUUCCUAGAUCGCGGCUGGGGCUGGUGCCUUGACAAUGCCCCGGUGAAAGAUAAGCUGUCCCUGACGUCUGUGCUUCCUGGGGUUCUGUACAGCGCUGCCCAUCAGUGUCGGAUGCAGUAUGGAUCUGGGUCCCUCCUCUGUGAUGACAUGGAUAAUGUAUGCAGCACUCUAUGGUGCACUGUGGGAACAACCUGCCACUCAAAGCUGGACGGGGCUGUGGAUGGGACCAGUUGUGGGGAGGAUAAGUGGUGUCUCAAUGGAGAGUGUGUGGCAGCUGGAUAUCAGCCCCAGAGGGUAAAUGGUGGCUGGGCAUCGUGGAGCGAGUGGUCAGACUGUUCCAGGACGUGUGGGGCUGGAGUCCAGAGCGCUCAAAGAGACUGUGAUAACCCGGUUCCUAAGCACAGAGGGAAGUACUGUUUGGGAGAGAGACGGAGGUACAAGAUCUGCAACACUACACCCUGUCUUCAUGACCUGCCCACCUUCAGAGACAUCCAGUGUAGUCACUUCAACAACAAACCAUACAAGGGAAAGUUCUACAAGUGGGAAGCAGUCAUCAAUAGAGUCUGCCCUUGUGAACUGCACUGCCGUCCACUGAAUGAACAUUUCUCUGAUAAGAUGCAGGACACCGUCACUGAUGGGACACCAUGCUACGAAGGCAACAAAAGCAGAGAUAUAUGUGUCAAUGGCAUCUGUAAGAAUCUAGGCUGUGACUUUGUGAUCGACUCCAGUGCUGUAGAGGAUCGCUGUGGGGUUUGUCAUGGUAACGGCUCCACCUGUACAACUGUGAGGAGAACCUUUGAGGAGACUGAAGGACUUGGCUAUGUAGACAUUGGAUUGAUCCCAGAGAGAGCCUGGAACAUCCGCAUUGAGGAAAUGGCCGAAGCCGGGAAUUUCUUGGCGCUGCGAAGUGACAACCCCAACAAGUAUUUUCUGAAUGGUGGCUGGACGAUCCAGUGGAAUGGAGAGUACAAGGCAGCCGGGACAGUAUUCACCUACGAGAGGACAGGACACCUGGAGAACCUGACGUCUCCUGGGCCCACCAUGGAACCACUGUGGAUUCAGCUUCUCUUUCAGGAGACCAAUCCGGGAGUGCGGUACGAGUACACAAUUAGUCGAGAUGUCUCAGAGGGCAACGACAUCCCUGUGUCAGUUUUCGUCUGGAAAUAUGGUUCAUGGACUGAAUGCAGUGUUACCUGUGGGACAGGUGUUCAAAGGCAGAUUGUUCACUGUGUGGAAAAGACAACUGGGAUAGUGGAGGAGCACUUCUGUGACCCUUUAACCCGGCCUGAUGAUAACCAAACCAGCUGUCACAAGGAUCCCUGUCCAGCUAUAUGGUGGUUUGGGGAGUGGCAGAAAUGCUCAGCAAGCUGUGGGAGCGCAGGUCUCACUAAGAGGGCAGUGCUCUGCAUCCAGGCCUUAAGUGCUGAGGAGCAGAAAGCCCUGCAGCCCAGUGAGUGUGAACACAUACCCAAACCUGAGUCGCUAUCCUCCUGCAACGCACACAUCCCCUGCCCAUCAGACUGGACCACAGGCAGCUGGUCAAAGUGUUCACUGACUUGUGGAAGCGGAGUACGUCAGCGUAAUGUAACCUGCUCCAGAAACUCAGGCAGUGACUGUGAGCCUGAGAAGAAGCCCCUCGCUGUCACUACCUGCUACAUCCAGGACUGUGGUCAAGUGGUGGAUAAUUUUGGAGGUGUUGACUGGUCUGGUAGUGGCUGGUCGAGCAAAGAAGUGCUCAAUGAAAUUAACUCCAUACCUGAAGUCAAACCUCCUCCCAAAUACAGCUCCACCAGAGCCCAGCCAAGAAGUAAUAAUAAUAAUAAUAACAUUGUCGAGGGAGAUUUUCACUACCACAAUAACAUUGAAAAUAUCGAUCAAUCUUUGGAAAACAGUGUUCAAGUUGAUGAUUUUUACUACGACUAUAAUUUUAUCAACUUCCAUGAAGACUUGUCAGAUGACUUUGACAGAGAUGGAAAAGAUUCAGGGGACAGUACAAAUAUACAUCUGGACAAAAUAAAGAACAGUGGAAAUGCUGUGACGAAGGAGUCCACACAAACAAAUUCUGAAAACUUUGAUGACUUUUUAUCUGAGGAUUUUCUUCUGCCUGUGUCUACCACUCGCUCAGCGCCAUUGUCUACAACUCAGCAUUCACAAACACUUAAAGAGGCACACGCUGAGGAUGUGUGGGGGCCAGAAACUAUAACUCAGGUUAAGACUGGAGUCCAACUGGAUAAAAGUGCUUCAGUAAUAUCUCAAACAACCAGUCAAUCAUCAAUAUUUCCAACUGCCUUCACAUUGAAGGAUCAGACCAAUCUUUAUACAGUACAUGCCACUAGUUUUUCAUGGGAUACAAACCAUGACCUCAGAACAACCUCACUCCCUGCCUCUGAGACAUCCAUCCCAUUCCCCAUUCCCUUUCUGCUAAGCUCAGGUAACCAAGAGGCCUCAGAUGAUUCCACAUCAUUACCUGGAACAGAAAACAUACCUCCCACAAACCUGGAGGGAGCCACUCAGCCUUUUCCAGCUGAUUCCCCGCCAGCUACAGUGAAACAGAUACCGACAAUACCUGCCUUCACUGAAAAAACUGGAACAGAUUCCACAUCCUGGAUCCCAUCGUCGGAUUCAGUUGAUUUGGACUACAACGAAAUAGUUGUUCCCCUGAUGGUGAGAAGCAGCAGUAACACUGAUCCUGGCCCUUCAAACCAGCUUCCAACAAACUCAACAAUCACUCAACAUCGCACAACAACAGUUCAGCACAUGGAAUCGCCAACGUCUGUUGUGCCCAUUUUGCCGACACAUCCACCUAUUCAUUGGCCAUCUUCAGUGCCAACAUCUGACCCAACUUCAGUCUCCACACAGGACAAUACCGCUAUCCACUGGGUAACCGGCAACUGGAGCGCUUGCUCCACCAGCUGUGGUCUGGGUGCCAUCUGGAGGACUUUGGCCUGCAGUACUGGCUCUGACUCAGACUGCGAUCCGGCCAAGAGGCCCGCGCCAGCUCAGCGAUGUUAUCUGCGCCCCUGCUCCACAUGGAAAGUUGAGGAAUGGAGUAAGUGCUCCAAGAAUUGCGAAGGCGGAAUUAAAUUACGAGAGGUCCAGUGUUUUGACUUGCGGGAUAAAAGGCCCCUGCGACCUUUCCACUGCCGCGCCAUGUUCUCCAGACCACCAACCCAAAUUACCUGUAACCUUCAGCCAUGUCUCGACUGGUACACCUCUUCCUGGGGACAGUGCUCUGAGUUGUGUGGGGGAGGGGAGCAGCAGCGUAUUGUUACCUGUCCAGAGGAGGAUCGAUGCGACGGGGAUCUUCAGCCCAGCAACAUCCAAUCAUGCAAUAGCCAGCCUUGUGCUCAGUGGCUUACUGGAUCAUGGGGAGAGUGCUCAGCUUCUUGCGGUGGCGGAGUGCAGCAUCGGCUCAUCAAAUGUGUGAACACAAAGUCUGACACACACAAAGAAGUGGAUCAAACUCAUUGUGACCAUAUGCUGCACCCAGAAAGCACCCAGAAAUGUAACAUACAGGAGUGUGAGAGCCCCCCCUCUGGAGCUGUUUGCCUUCGCGAUCGGGUAACGUUUCGUUUCUGUCAGACUCUCCGCUUGCUCGGCCGCUGCCACUUGCCCAACGUACGAGCGCAGUGCUGCAAAACCUGCAGCCAGCGUUCCCGCUCCAGCAGCAUGUCUCGGCGCUGAGCCGCCACAAAGUAUCACCACUCAUCAACGGGAACACUGGUGAAAUAUAAAUCAUCAUUUAAAGUCAAUAACCUGAGCCCUUUCCCGAGUUCUUCAUCACUUCAGACUAAUUAUGAAUGGAAACAACUCCAAAACUGCAUGUUUGUGCUGGUGACAUUAUUAUUAUUAUACAGGUCUGAAAUGAAUUGGAAACACAACAAAGCAUUGCCUCAGAGCAAAUCAAUAAGAAUGUAAAUAUUUGUGUGCACUUUUUAUAUUAUACAGUUUUACCAGAAUGACAAUUUGUGAAUCAGGAUUUCUUUUUAACAGAUGUUGGCCUACAUAAGGGCUCUGCUAUCAACGUAGCCCGCUUAAUGGUGCAUUAUUACACAUGUAGAUAAACCACUCAUUAGCCUUUGUGGUUGGUACAAUGCUUUCAUUUUAUUGACAGCAGCAGAAACUAACAGUUAAAUUAAAACAGACAGGUAUACAAUUCACAAUAUGGUUUUUACGUAUAAUGUGGUACAAAUGUUAUGGCGCAAAAAAUAUGUGAUGCAGAAAAGCUUUACGUGACAUUUAAAAAUAACGACUGUUUGCUACCCCCACCCCCCUUAGAUACCCACCUUAGUUAUUGUUGCUACGCAUGUUGAGCUUUUAAAUCUGGCAGAUUUAUCAUUUAAAUUCAGAGUAUUUUUUUAAACUAUGGGCCCUUGAUUUCAGACAGAAGUAGACAAAAGCAGCCUCUCAUUUCUACUAAGUGGCCGUGGGUUUUGCCAACAGAAAUAACAACUGUUGCUGGCAAGUUUUAGCAGCUGUAGCUAGCCAAUUAAGCUAACGUUAGCUCGACGAGCUGUUUAAAAACAUAAUGUUUCAAGCCGACUCGUUUUAAAAUGAGAACCCCACAAAGGAGGUCUUGAAAAUGCUCUAGAUGUACAUAGUGUGAUAAAACACUGAGGCUAAAGCUUCUUGUCCCAGGCAAUAGGUUAGCAUCAUCACAAGUUGAUUCAUGUAAA